AUAUAUAUAGAGGAAGGCAUAUAUUUAGGUACAACUUUAUAUCAAAAAUCCGAAUCGAUUGGCAGCCGAGUUAGUUAGGUUCUCUGAUAAGAUACGCGUCCCAACCGAAGACGCAACGCAACGACGCGGGUGUGGAGGCAGACACACAAACACUCGUACACUCAUCAUAGAUACAAAUAUACAAACAUACAUAUAUACACAGAAUACUAUAUAUGUAUGUACAUAUAUAGCGACUAACCAGAGUGGUGCUGCCAAGAACUGCGGGCCUCGAAGAACUCGCCACGAUUACACAAUUAUUAUUAAACAACGAACCAGUCAACAACUUGGCAGCGAACAUGAACAGCAACCAAGUCGAGCAGGUGGAGGCAUCCUCCAAUGUACAGCCGAGCAUAGGGAAUGGCAAUGAUAGCAUUGGCAAGAGCAAUGGCGACGAUGAGCAGCUCAAAAUUCUUGGACAGUUGAAGAGCAUCGAGCAGAUCAACGAACAGCGUCGCAUCUUUCUCAACAACACCAUCAUUGCGGAGGGCGAACGUGUGGAGGAGUCCCAGAAACCCGUCCUAGAAAUAAGCAAUGGUGCUGAGACCAAAUUACCAGCAAAUAACCUCGCACUGGACAUUAAAUACGCCACAUUGCCGGCCGCAAAUUCCACAACACUGCGUUCACCGACCUCCCCACCACCCAAGCCGCCCAUGCUGAGUCGCACGCGCAGCACCGGCCUGGGCGAUGAGAGACCCAUCAGCUCGCCACCAGCAAUGGUGGCGGUGGCCAAUGGUUCGGAAGAGAAGCAGGCCAGCAUUAAUACGGUGGCUGACAAGCCAGCGGAACUGGAGGCACCCCAAACCAUUUCGGCCCGCCACUACGAGAGUCUGAUCGAAGAGCUGCGCUGUCCGGGCUGUGCGGGUGCGAUGAAGUCCCCGGUAUUGCUCUGCAAGAGUGGACACAGCAUCUGUGAGCAAUGCACCCGCAUCCUGCUCAUGUGUCCACUGUGCAAGGAGGCCUUCACCACCUCACGUUCGCUGACCGUGGAGGCAUUAUGCGCCAAGGCUCACUUCCGUUGCAGUCACUCUGGUGGGGGCUGCAUGGUUCGGCUGCCCGUCGCUUUGCUGCCCUGGCACGAGAAGCAGUGCAUCUAUAAGCCGAUGAAAUGCUUUAUGGGUCGUGUUUGGGGCGAUUGUAAGUGGCAUGGUCGUGAGAUUCAAUGGAAGCAGCAUUUGGAGACAGAGCAUCCGGAGAAGGUGUUUAAGACGGACAGCGUUGACUUGAUUUGGAACAUGGCAGCGCGUCGCAAGGCCCUCACCGGCUACUAUGUGUUUCAAACCCACGAGGAGAUGUUUAACUUCUACGAGAUUAGUGAUCAGCAACGCAUACUCUUCACCAUGACAUGCACCUCCAACCGACGUGCGACCAAAUACAAUUAUGCCUAUGAGGUGACGCUCCUGCAGCCUGAUAAUGAGGCGCUAUCGCUGACACAGAAAUUCCCGGUGCACAGCGAAUACGAUCGUGAUAUCCUCAUGGAAGGUACUUGUGUAAGCAUUAGUCUCGCCGAGCUGGCGCGUUUCGUCGAUGAGGAGAAGCAGUUGCUGCACUAUCGCGUGCGGGUGGUGACCGUGAAGUCGCCACGUCGGGCGAAGCCUCCCCGGCGUCAACCGCAGCCCAUCGACCAUCAGCAGACACAUGUUACGGGCGUUAAUGUGAAGGGCGUACCGGCGUCCAUGAUUAUUACGCGCACAUACAAGGAGGCGAUGGGUAUGCAGCCGGAUGAGACAACAUCAACAAGCGGAUCCACAUCGGCAUUAACAUCGCCCACAACGGAGAAGAUGGGUGGUGAGAGCGACUCGGAGGAGACUAGCAUCGGCACUAGUGCGGAGCCAGAGCGCAAAUGGGGUACGCCGCAGUUGCACUUCAAUCGCAAGUAUUUGAAGAACUCGACCAGCGACACCAGUGGCCAAUUGAUGGGGGGCGAUGAUGAGCUUAGACCGCUAGCCAAUGAUCCAUUUGGCAGUCCCGAUGAUAAGCUCUCCCUGUGUAGCACCAAUACCAGUUAUAAGAAGAAGGUAUCGGAUACGUUACGCAAAAGUUUUCGUGCCAUCAAAACUGAUAUUAUUGAGAUGCGACCGUUUAGCAAAAAAUCGCCAGAAAAAAAGGGUAAAUGACCCAAUCCACAUUCCAAUUCAAAUCCCAACCCCAAUCCCAAAACAUGUAAUGGGCUCGUGGGUGAAAAUUUUGGAAUUUGUGGCUGGCUUUGUUCCGCUUUAUGUAAAACUAGCAAUGGACAUACUAAGAAAAAUUAAAAUAUAUAUACUAUUGUACAGACACA